AUCUUAAGCGACCAUCUAUCUCCCGCUUCGUUUGGCUCCCGCACUGCUCUCUACACUGCUUCCUAAUCCCUAGCCACGCACUCUUCAAAACUUCCACUUCGCCACCGUACUGCUGAACCACCCAAAGCCUCUCUUGAUUCUUAUCAGAAUAGUUAAAAUUUCGAAUUUCUAAGCAUCAUGACAGCAGAAGAAGAAAGUCCGUUACCGGCGGCAACUUUACCAGAAGAAUCAUCAACUGCAGUAGCUGUCGAUAAUCAAACCUUAAUUCCACAACUCCCUCCAAUAAUCCCUCCAGUAGUCCAAUCAUUUAUCCCUCCAAUUGCUCCAAUACCUCCGGUUCCUCCCCCUUCAAUCCCUCGCCCAUUAGCCCCUCUUCCAAUCCGGCCACCUGUGCUUCGGCCGCCAAAUGGUGAAGCCAAAAUGAGUGACUCAGAUUCCGAUCACGAUGACUCGGGGCCUACUGGAACUGCUCAUGGAUCAAUAGGAGAUUAUCUAAUUUCUGAGGAAAGCAGAGUAGAAAGAGAGCGGCAACAGAAGAUGAUUCAGGAUAUGAUGAUGAGGCGGCGUGCGGCUGCUCUCGCGGUACCUACUAAUGAUAUGGCGGUUAGGACUCGGCUUCGGAGGUUGGGAGAGCCGAUAACACUCUUUGGGGAAAGGGAGAUGGAGAGAAGGGAUAGGUUAAGAAUGUUAAUGGCCAAACUGGAUGCAGAAGGACAAUUGGAGAAACUAAUGAAAGCUCAUGAAGAAGAGGAGGCUGCUACUGCUGGCAUACAAGAAGAUGAGGAUGAUAUGAUUCAGUAUCCAUUUUAUACCGAGGGUUCUAAAGAGCUAUUGGAUGCUAGAAUUGAUAUUGCUAGAUAUUCUAUUCAGAAAGCUGCAUUGCGGCUUCAACGUGCUAGAAGGAAAAGGGAUGAUCCAGAUGAAGAUGUAGAUGCUGAAAUUGAUUGGGCUUUGAGGCAGGCUGGGGGUCUGGUUCUUGACUGUAGUGAAAUUGGAGAUGAUCGGCCACUUUCUGGUUGUUCUUUCUCCAGUGAUGGAAAACUUCUUGCCACAUGUGCUUUAAGUGGAGUUGCUAAAAUAUGGAGCAUGCCUCAAGUAAACAAGGUUUCUACCUUGAAAGGACACACGGAGCGUGCAACAGAUAUUACAUUUUCUCCUGUGGAAAACCAUGUGGCAACUGCUUCAGCUGAUCGAACUGCCAAGUUGUGGAACACUGAUGGUUCUGUCCUUCAGACAUUUAAGGGCCAUCUGGAUCGUCUUGCACGCAUAGCUUUCCAUCCAUCAGGGAAGUACUUGGGCACUACAAGCUUUGACAAGACGUGGAGACUAUGGGAUGUAGAUACUGGUGUGGAGUUGCUUCUUCAAGAGGGUCACAGUCGGAGUGUCUAUGGGAUAGCCUUCCAUCAUGAUGGUUCUUUAGCAGGAUCUUGUGGACUGGAUGCACUUGCACGUGUUUGGGACCUUCGUACUGGGAGAAGUAUUCUGGCUUUGGAAGGUCAUGUCAAGCCGGUUCUUGGUAUCAAUUUUUCACCCAAUGGGUAUCAUUUGGCCACUGGUGGUGAAGAUAAUACUUGUCGAAUAUGGGAUUUGAGGAAGAAAAAAUCUUUGUAUAUCAUACCGGCUCAUGCAAAUCUUAUAUCACAAGUGAAGUUUGAGCCUCAGGAGGGCUACUACCUGGUCACUGCAUCUUAUGACAUGACUGCCAAGGUUUGGUCAGGUCGAGAUUUCAAACCUGUCAAGACAUUAUCAGGGCAUGAAGCAAAAGUAACUUCUCUGGAUGUUGGUUCAGAUGGGGGCUAUAUUGCAACUGUAUCGCAUGAUCGAACCAUCAAGCUUUGGUCCAGCACUAACAAUGAGAAGGAGGCUAUGGAUGUAGACUAAAUUUAAAAAAAACUUUUAGCAGCAGGCACUUGCGUUCUACCUUAACAUUAACUGGAUACUUUAACUUCAAUGGUGAUUCAAUUGCGACUUAAAGCCGCCCUUUUGAUGCCCAUUGCAUUUACAUAACGUAUUUGAUGUGCAGUUAUCUUAAGGUCUCACUCUAUGAUUAGAAGAGGGAAAUGAUUUUUGCAGGUAUUCUCUGUAGUUUGGCUCCUCAUACCGAUAAAGCAUCUUUAAGUGAGAGUAGUUUCAAUUUGGUAAAGUUAUCCCUUUCUAAUUUUUCUUUCAAAAUCUUAUUUUGAUUGUAUUAUCUUAAACACCAAAAUGCAGUUCCAUGCUUUAUUCACAUCCAGUAAACAGGGGUAUCUUGUUCUGUCU